AUGGAUGGUAAAAAUUUUCAUUUAAUAAAGGAUAUAAAACCACUUAUGAAUAACAUAUGUAUACAAUGUUUGAUAAUAAAAUAUAUAGAAGACCCACCUGAUCAUAUAAACAACUUAAUAAAAUAUCAUUAUCAUGUUGCUGAUAUGAGUGGAUCUAUAAUAUUAUGUAUACCACAUGUUUUCAUAGAAGAAGAAUUAGAAAAAAAUAAUAUAAACAUAUUAAACGAUGAUUUUGAAGAUAUAUUGGAUGGUUACAAUAAUAUGAGUGUUAAUAUGAAUGAUUUAGCUAACAACAAAAUAAAUGAAAUAAAAUAUAAUACUCAUAAUAUAAAUAACAACAAAAAGAGGAAUAAUUUGAAAACUCUAAAAUAUCUUUUCAAAGUUGGGGAUAUUUUAAAUGUAUAUGGAGCAGUAACAACAUGGUCCAUGGGGAAAAUGGUUAUAAUUCCUAAUACUACUAGAAUACGAAAAAGUGGAGAAACUACUAUAAGAACGUCAAUUCAUCGAGUGGGUUUUUUUAAUAUGAUAGUUAAUAUAGAACCAAAUAUGAGUAAUUUAAUUACAUCAACUACUGAGAAAAAAUAUAAAAUAGAAGACAAUAAUACCAAUGGUAAUUGUAAAAAUAAUGACAUAAAUAAAGAUAUAGAUAAUAAUAAUAAUAAUAAUAUUAAUAGUGUGAUAUCAAAUUUUAUGAGCAUAAAUAAAAAAAAGAGUAAGUAUGAUAUAAUGUUACCUAAAUUGGAUGAUGAUAUAUAA